CUAUAUGACAGGAGCCAAGGAUACAAAGAUAGAGAAGAUUUUAUUUUUAGGUAAUCUCCACAUCCAACAUGGGGCUCAAACCCACAGUCCUGAGAUCAAGAGUGGCGUGCUCUGCCAACUGAGCCAGCCAUACAUGCCCUUCCCCUUUUUAAAGCCAUUUACUAGAAUACAUCUUACUGGCAUCAGGGAUUGACUGAUGCUACCUGGAUGAAUUUGGCCAUCUUCUAGGAGACUUGAAUAUUAAAUUUCUGUAAGCAUAUGAACCAAUUCUCUCUUGUUGGGAGCCAUGCUGAAAUUCCAAGAGGCUGCUAAGUAUGCGAAUGAAUCAAUAGCCCUUUCUACUUAUCCAAAGACUUUGAUUGCAAGAAGAUAUGUGCUUCAACAAAAACUUGGUAGUGGAAGUUUUGGGACUGUCUAUCUGGUUUCAGACAAGAAAGCAAAACAAGGAGAGGAAUUAAAGGUACUGAAGGAAAUCUCUGUUGGAGAACUUAAUCCGAAUGAGACUGUGCAGGCCAAUGUGGAGGCCCAGCUCCUUUCCAAGCUGGACCAUCCAGCUAUUGUCAAGUUCUACACCAGCUUUGUGGAGCAAGAUAAUUUCUGCAUUAUUACGGAGUACUGCGAGGGUCGGGAUCUGGACUGUAAAAUUCAGGAAUAUAAAGAAGCUGGCAAAACCUUUCCAGAAAGUCAAAUAAUAGAAUGGUUUAUCCAGCUAUUGCUAGGAGUUGACUACAUACAUGAAAGGAAGAUACUUCAUCGAGACUUGAAAUCGAAGAAUAUAUUUCUGAAAAACAAUCUGCUUAAAAUUGGAGAUUUUGGAGUUUCUCGACUCCUAAUGGGAUCCUGUGAUCUAGCUACCACUUUAACAGGAACUCCACAUUACAUGAGUCCGGAGGCUCUGAAACACCAAGGCUACAACACAAAGUCGGACAUCUGGUCUCUGGCAUGCAUUUUAUAUGAGAUGUGCUGCAUGAAUCAUGCAUUCACUGGCUCCAAUUUCUUGUCCAUUGUUUUAAAAAUUGUUGAAGGUGACACGCCUUCUCUCCCCAAGCAAUAUCCAAGAGAAUUGAAUGCCAUCAUGGAAUGCAUGUUGAACAAGAGUCCUUCGCUAAGACCAUCUGCCAUAGAAAUUUUAAAAAUCCCUUACAUUGAUGAACAACUACAGCACCUGAUGUGUAGAUACUCGGAAAUGACUCUGGAAAACAAGAAUUUGAAUUGUCAGAAGGAAGCUGCACAGAUAAUUAAUGCCAUGCAGAAAAAGAUCCACCUGCAGACUCUGCGGGCGCUGUCUGAAGUGCAGAAAAUGACACCCAGAGAAAGGAUGCGGCUGAGGAAGCUCCAGGCAGCUGAUGAGAAGGCCAGGAAGUUGAAAAAGCUUGCAGAAGAAAAAUAUGAAGAAAAUAACAAACGAUUGCAAGAGUUAAGAUCUCAGAACUACGGGCAGCUGACUGUUGAUGUACUCCAUGAAUUUGAUGACCUGACUUCAGAGAACCUACCUGAAUCUCAGCCCAUUCCUUCCUUGGACCUUGACCCACUUGAAUCAAGUAUAGAAGACACCUUAACUGACCUUGGAGAUCAUGAGAUCCCAGAAGACCCGCUUGUGGCUGAAGAGUAUUAUGCUGAUGCGUUUGAUUCCUGUUCUGAAGAAAGUGAGGAGGAGGAAGAAGAAAUAAUGUUCUCAGCACUGGAGGAAGAGGUCAAGGACGAGGCGCCCCAGCCUGCUCACAGAAUAUUCCAACAGGACAGCGAUAUCGAAGCACUGGUCAGGUGUUUGGAAAAUGUCCUGGGUUGCACCUCUCUAGACACAAGGACCAUGACCAGCACAGCUCCAGACAUGUCCCCGGGACCAGCAACAUUCAACAGCACAGUGGCCAGGACCAAGAUGAGACACAUGAAGGAGUCAGCCAUGCAGAAGCUGGGAGCAGAGGUAUUUGAGAAGGUCUACAACUACCUCAAGAGAGCAAGGCGCCAGAAGGCCAGCGAAGCCGAGAUCCGGGCAGCUCUAGAAACAGUGGUGCCUCACGCCAGUGACUGUUUUGAGGUUGACCAGCUCCUGUACUUCGAGGAGCAGUUGCUGAUCACAGUGGGUCGAGGGCCCACACUCCAGAACCCUCACCAACAUCUGUCAAAAGCAAACACGUUCAAAGGGACGAGUCCAUUCAACACAUAAGCUGGACUGUAUUAUGGGAAAUGAGUGCAUGGCUGGAGCUCCCAUCUUCACUUUCGAUUCCUUGUCAAGAGGAGUGAGUCUUGUAGAGGGUAGUAAACCUGUCUGCCUCUCCUCUGAGUCCUGGGCCAGUCAGUGCUCUAUCCUCUGAGGAAAGCUUAUGGACCAAGUGUGGCUUCCUGAAAAUCCAAGCCCCCAGGGCUUCCACAGGGUUGGCUGAAGUACCUCCACAAGGUACUUCUCCUUGAACAUCCACGUAGAUGGCCUGGAAGAAGCCAUCUACCAUUUACUAUUUCCACUUGGAGGACAGACUCGGUGCCUGCCUGCCUCGGGUCCCUCCCUGUGCUCUGUGGCCAGCCUGCCCCCGAAGGUCGCUGAGCACUGAGCUGCUGACCAGGCGCCACAAAUAUUUGUCUCAAGUGAACUGGUUUGGGCCCACUUUUGCCCUUCCCCGGCUAGCAAGCAAGAUGUGCGUAUAUUUAAGGACUGGGACUUAAAAAAAUCCAGAAAGAUGUUCUCUUCUGUGAUUUAUUCUCCAAGUUUAUCCAUGGAAUAUUGAAGACUUUUGU